AUGGCCAAAUUUUGGUGGAAAUCUCAAUCCAAUUCUAGUUCUAAAGGAGUUAGUUGGAUGAGUUGGAAUAAAUUGAGCCAUCAUAAGGAUGUAGGGGGUCUUGGGUUUCGAAAUCUAAGGGAUUAUAAUUUAGCUUUUUUGGGGAAACAAGAGUGGAGGCUACUUACAAAUGAGAAUUCACUUGUUUCUAAGCUUUACAAAGCUAGAUAUUUUCCUAAUGGAGACUUCCUUAGUGCAGAAUUGGGAUCUAACCCAAGUUUUAUAUGGCGUAGUAUAUGGGAGGCUAAAAGUUUGGUCAAGAUGGGUGCAAGAAGGGCUAUUGGAGAUGGUAAGUUGACUGCGGUUAUUGGUGUUCCUUGGCUUCCUGGGAAUGAAGAUCAAUGUAUCACGACUGUCCAUCCAAGUCUAGUUGGGAGGAACGUGGAUUGCCUUAUGAAGAUGGAAGGGAGGGGCUGGGAUGAGGAGUUAGUUAAUGACAUAUUCAAUGCUCAUGACAGAAACUUGAUUUUUUCAAUUCAAUUAAGUGAAACUCCUUGUGAUGAUUGCUGGUACUGGUCUAAAGAAGCUUCAGGUGGGUACUCUGUUCAAAGUGCAUAUAAGCUGAUGCAGCAGCAAAAUGGCUCUUGGUCGACUGCUGGUGCAGACAAAAAAUGGCAGCAGCUGUGGCUUUUGGACAUACCUGCUAAAGUUAAGCAUAUGCUAUGGCGAGUGUUGUCGGCAAUUGACUUUAAAGGGGGAGGGGGGACACCAGAUUUUGCUAACUGGUUUGGGGAAGCUUUGCUGAAGGAUACAACAACUGUAGUGGAGGAAAGGGCUAUGAUAGCAUGGCAAAUUUGGUUGGCUCGCAAUGACAUCUUGUGGAGCAACAAAACAACUACAGUUUACGAAGUGGUGCGAUCGGCAAGAACUAAUCUUGACAGCUGGAAGAAUGCUCAAGUUCAAAGGACAGCUCCAUUACUUAAUGUUAAUCAUAGUAAUGGUAGGGAGCAUUGGAUGAAACCUAUGAAUCACAAGCUCAAGAUAAAUGUUGAUGGUGCCAUUUUUGAAGCUGAAAAUUGUUUUGGUGUUGGCUGUGUAAUCCGAGAUCAGACAGCAAGGCUUGUGGAGGCUAUUUCUAUAAGCAAACAUGGUGGGGUUACUCCUGAAAUAGCUGAAGCAAUUGGGGUGAAAGAGGCCUUGAGUUGGAUAAAAAAGAAAGCAUUAUCGGAUGUGGAAAUUGAGACAGAUUCAUUAGUAGUUGUCCAAGCUAUUAAUGGAGGUGUCACAAUGACCUCUCAAUUCGGAAUGUUGGUGCAUGAUUGUCGUAUGAUGCGAUCAGCAAAUAGGGCUGCCUAUUGGGUUGCUAGACAGUCCUAUUUUAUGUCAGAUUGUACUUUUAAUGAGCUUAAUGCUCCUUCUGAAUUGAUUUCUAUUGUAAUGGAUGAAAGUUUAAGUUGA